AUGCAUGCAGGAGCUGCACCUCAGCCCCUGCCGUUCACCCACCGAGUGGUGCUGGCCGAUGUCCGUGUGAGUUUGGAGCUGCGUGAAGGAUUUGCGUUUGCGCAGAACUCGUCUGCCACGCCCACACACACACUCACCCCCACACAGAUACACACCCCUGCUUACUCUAGUACACCCGCACAAUCACAGCAACAGAGAAACUUAGUACAACACACAGAUACACACACAAACACCUCAAAGUCGCCGUCUCUGGCCUCACCGCCGGUAUCAACGAAAGCUCCGAGCGAGGGUGGCCGAGUGACUAGGUCUGAGGGGACGGACGAUAAGGAUACGAAGAGAAGGACUAGAGUAAGUAGCCCUACACACGGGCACACACAUAGAGCCAUACACAUACAGAGCCCAGACGUAGAUAUAUCACGGCCAGCGGAAGGGGUUGCCAGGGAAACGGUUGCUAGGGAGAAACUCAGCGACGAGAAAGCUCGUUCGAAAUCGUCUCCAGCAGCAUCGCCUGCGCCCGUACCCCGUACAAGCACAACGAGUAAACGUACGAGUACGUAUUUGGACUCGGGUUCACACGAGGGUAUCAGCAGUACCGGUACUAAUUUAGAGAACGAUGCUUAUUCGGGUAUUGGUGAGGAGGACAGGCCGCCGGUUUACGGAAACUCUGAGCCAAUCACAUUCUCUGCUGUGCCCGUUCCAUCGCCCGCGUCCUACGAAUCAAUCACUUCUGCCGACGUACUGGGCUACGAACGUGCGGAGCUGGUAUCAGAGACAAGAAGAAAUAACAAUAACAUGGUUGUUGUGAAAACAUUCAACGGAGCACUGGAUCUGAGGAUAUACACACCCGAUUGUCCCAAAACGUUCCGACUGGUCGUCUCCUCCGACAUCGAGAUAUUCGAUCGAGUGGCCACCUCUCGGUGGAAUAAAGUUAUGUACUACUGGCAACGGGAGGCCAAGCCACGACCAGAUGUGUUUGAAGACAUCGCCGAUGAGACCACGAACGCCCACCAGCCAUCAGGAGUCACCGAUGGAUUCCUCGAAGGAUACAACAGUCUGACGAGAGAGGUAAAUCGAGCGGUGACGACGAUAGUCAUGGUUCCGAUCCAAGAGUACAAAAGAGUGGGUACACACGGGGCAAUCAAGUCUGUCAUCCGAGCUGUGCCUGUGGCUGUACUACGGCCGUUAAUAGGCGCGAGCGAUGCAGCGUCUAAAGCUAUUCAGGGCGUCCGAAGCGCUGUGGAUACGCAGCGGCGGGAUGAUCGUGCAGAUAAAUACAAACGCCCGUAG